AUGUUAACAGUUUUGAAAUUAGGAAAACUUUUUUUAACAAUUAUAGGAUUAAUCAUUUUAAAAGCUUUAGGAGAUUGCGGUUAAAAUUGUAGUAUAUGCGAUUAAAGUAAACAAAUUUGUUCAUCUUGCGUAAAUGGAUUUAUAUUAGAUUAGACUAGUAGUUUAUGCGUUCCUCUUGUAUGCAAUAAUGGUUAAUUGUUUGAUCCUAGUACGAAUCAAUGUGUUACAAUAUGUCCACAGUAAUAUUUAAAUGAUCAAAAUUAAAAGGUAUGUACCAAAAUAACUUAGUGCCCUAGUAAAUAAGAAUUUGGGUAAGAAUAUUUUGAUGUAGUUUAGAAAAUAGUUAUCUCAAGCAUGUUUGUUGUCUUGCAAGGUUAAAUACAGAAAUAAUCAACAGCUCCAAUCAUUUUACUAGACAAUUAAAACUACAAUCUAGUUGGCACAAUUGAUUCUCAUAAAAGUUAGAUAAUCGAUAUGCUCUAUUUACCUAUUUAGUAGUAGCAAUCAGUAGGUAGUCAAAAUAUAAAUUAAAUAGAAUACUUAUACUCUUAUUCAUAAAAUGAGAUAGCUAAAUGGAAUUUAAUUACUACUCAAAAUAUAUAUUUAUUAAAUUUACCAAGUAAUAUAAUAAUAAGCAAUACUAUAAAUUUUAUCAAUUAAAACUAUCUAGUAGUACUAAAAAAUGAUAAUUUGAAUUAACAGUUUGGAUAUAUAGACCUAAAGGAGCUUGACUUAAAAGCUUCACAGUAAUAAUUUGCAAUUGAUUAUAAAAUUUUCCCCUUGGUUCAUUCUUAAGCAAUAUAGUAAAUAUGUAUUAUGAAUAAUUUUGCUUAUAGUUUUGCUAGUGAACUGUUUAUAGCGUAAUGGGAUAUUCAGAAUGUUAAAUUUUCUUCAUAGAUAUUCAAAUUUUAAUAAUAAAUUUCUGCUAUGUAUUGCUUAGAAUAAUAAAAUUUAAUGGCUGUAGUGAUUCAAAACUCAGGUACUCUAUUUUUGUGUAACGCAAAUAAUAAUAAAUGCUUAAAUACUUAAACUACUCAUAAUUUUAUUAGCAAUGUUAUUUUCACUGUUGACCCUCGUUUUAAGUACAAUAUAAUCUUCACAAAUAGCAAUACUGAAAUGAAUUUACUUACUUAUGAUGAUAAUAGUAUUUAUUUCUUAUAGAGCGCUUCUAGUGAUAUUGCUUAUUUAUAUGAAAAUAAUGGUUUAGUUUUUGUAAUUUCUUAAAGUGGUGCUUUAUCUAUGCACGGAUAUAAUCUUUAAUAAACAAAAGACUCAGCUGAUAUAAAUAUGAUAUCAAGUUAAUUUACUAAAAAAUCUUUAUAAAGUAGUACUAUAAAUGCAAUAACUAUGAAUAAUAAUAAUGACCUUUUAAUUGCUAACAGCAAUUUAAACAUUUUAAGUAUUUCUUAAAUAAAUGUAUAAUAAUACUCAAUAUAAAAAAAAGAAACCAAAAGAAAAUUGUAAUAAUAUAGGAGAGGCCACAGUGACAGAGUUAAUGGUAUUUUAUUUGAUAAUUUAUAUAAUAGAAUAAUUACAUACUCUAAUGAUGGAAGUUUUAGGAUAUGGGAUCAAAUAAACUUAUAGCAAGGUGAGUUUAGACUGGUCAUUUAUUAGUACCAUCCUGAUUGCCCUUAAUUUUAAUCAUCAAAUUGCAAUAAGCAAUUAGUGAAAAUGGAUUUGCUGACAAGCACAAUUUUUAUCACACAAUACAAUGAUAACCAAUUAAUUCUUUGGGAUUAUUAGCUUUUUAGUGUUUCCAUUAGAGAUAGGAUCGUAAGCAGUUUAGGAAUAUAAAUUUAAAACUAUUAGUUUUUCUAAUAGUAGUUUCUAAUUUUUUGUAAUACGAAAAUGUGGUAAGUUUAUAAUGUGAAGGAUAAAACCUCUAUUACUAAAAGUAAUAAUGCUCUAUAUGCUGUUUUAGAAAUUAUUGAUGGUAUAACUUAAGUUAUUUAUUAUGAUAGUAUUCUUUCAAUCUUAUUUGUUUGUCCUCAUCCUGAUUGCUCUAUAGUGAGUUACAGUACUCCUAUUUCAGGUUCUGUUUUAUUCAUAAAGUAUUUUUCUUAAUAUUAAAUAAUGGCAAUAGGAACUUCUAAUAGCUAUUUGUAUAUGCUUUUUGCUUCAUCAAAAUUUAAAAAUUAUCCAUUAUAGGUUUAAAAUCCAGUUUAUAUAUCUUUAACUCCAGGUUAUUACAAAAAUAUAUAUAUUUUUAGCUAAAAUUUUUUACUAUCAUACUAUACUCAUAAUGGUGGAACUCUUUACUCUUAUUAUUCAAGUUUAGGAUUUGCUUCAGUCUUUUCUUAGCAAGUUGCAUCAUUUGCCAAUCCGGAGCUUCACUUCUUCUAUUAAAAUACCAUCAAUUAAUAAAUACAAAAUCAACUUUUAGGAUUUGAUACUUAAUUGAAAGUUAAGCUAUUGCUUACGUUUACUGAAAAAAUAUCAACAUUCAAUGUUGAUAUUAUUAAUAGUAAAAUUUAUGUAGGAUUUUAAGAUGGUUCUAUCAAAACAGGAUACUUCUAAUAAUUUUUAGCUGGUUUAUAGGACCCUUAUACUUAUGUAGACAUGAAAUAUUCAUCAGUGAAUAACUAAAUUAUAGCUUUUAAAAUGGGUGUUAGCUUAUUUAAUACAAUAGAUUGGUCUAAAACUACAAUACCAAGUGCUCAUACAAUACUACCUAAUGGAGGUUGGUUUGACGAUUAAACUAGACAGCUUGUUACAUAUUCAAACGAUACUACAAUUAAUAUAGUAAAAUGGAAUUUAACUAGUUUAACAAGUUAUGUUUUUAAAAAUGGGCACUAGGAUUCUGUUGUUAUGGUUUAUGUUGACUUAAAAAAUGACAGAAUGAUUAGCUUUUCUAAUGAUUUAAAUUUUCUUAUCUGGAUUUAUAGUUCUGGGAUAGUGCUUAAAAAAUUUGAUUUCCAUUAUCAAGAUAACAUCUAUUUUAAUUAAUAGAACCUCGAUGGUAUAUUCUAAGUAAUUUAAUUUGCACAUGACAUCAAUAAUAAUAGAGUAUUUUCAUUGAAUACAAUUAAUAAGUUUUAUUCUUUUAACUAUCUAACAUUUGAAGUCAUGCUAUACUAAAACACUAAAGAUAAACUAAUAAACUUUUGGAUUGAUAUGAAUUAUUAAAAUAAUAGAUAUAUUUAUUUGGUCUUAUAGCCAGAUAGUACUACUUCUUACAUUCGGUUUAUUGAUGACCAAAAAUUUAUAGACUAAUUUAAUUUAUAUCAAAACCAUGCUAUUAUUACAGAAAUUAGGUUUGUUAAUAGUAAAACGUACACUGUUGAUACAUAAUUGAUAGUAGUAAUGGAUAGAGUAACAUUGAAAGAAUUAACUAGAAUAAUUUGUUAAAAUCCUUUAAUUAUGUAAUUUAUAGUUUUUGAAAAAAUGGAUCAUAUUUAUCUUUACAGUGAUUGGACAAAAGGCGUUUUAAGUUAUCGCUUAAGUGUUUAUAGGCUUAGUACUGGUUAAAAAAUAACUGAUAUCGUUAAUGCUUAGGGUAUUGAAGAUGGUAACAUUGCUAAGGCUUACCUUGACGAAGACAGUUAUCAGCUUAUUGUUUUUAAAUCUUUAAGGGUAUACACUUAUCUUAUAGAUGUUAGAACAUUCAGAUAUACUUAGUAUAUCACUGUACAAUAUUCAUGGAACCCUUCUUAUGUUAGAUAAGGAAUAGUUUUGAGUAAAAAUAGUAAAUUUGUAUUUCUGGAUUCUGCAAAUCUAAGAGUUUAUGACAUCGAUCCAUCUGUGAAUCAAUUAAAUAACAUGAGAGAUUUGACUGAACCAAAAAUUUAAGAUUAGUUUUAUAAUUAGCAGACUAAUGCUUUAUAUUACAUAGAUAAUGAUAGUACUGCUUGGGUGCAAAAUUUAAAUAGUAACAAUGGCUUUCAAGAAGUGGAAGAAAUUGAUAAUGUCAAAAAUUCAUUGGUUCUUGGAUAAUAUUUUUAUGUUAUAACUAAUUUAUACAUAAUUAAGUAUGAUAACAAUAUGAAUAAAAUUAAAUAAAUUAGUCUUAGUGCAAACUUUUACAAAUACACUUAAACACACUUAAUGGUUGUUGAUUAUAGCUUAAACUUCAUAUGCUUAAAACUUGAUGACCUCAGCUAAGUAGGGUAAAAAUACCUCUUAACUUCUUAUCCUGUUUCUAUAGUUACUCAAGAAGCCUUCUUUGAGAUAUUUUUAGUGUUACUUAAUAAAGUAAUCAGGUUUUCAUAUACAAAUUGUUAAUUAAUAGAAACUGUAUCAGUUUAAAAUAUAUAAUUUAUUAGAAUUGAUCCUAUAAGAAAAUUAAUUUAUCAUAUUUUGAAUAAUGGAAAUAUUAUUCUAUAUAAUAGUUAUAGUUAAGGUAUCUCGUAUGCAACAAAUUAAUAAUAUUUAUUUACAUUAUCAGGAGCUUAAGACUUGGUUAUUGAUUAAAGUGCUAAUAGAAUAUUUGUUUUAAGAUUAAAUACAUCGGUUCCUAUAGUCAAUGUUUAUAGCUUUUCAAAUACCUUUGUUUUCACUAAGUUACCUUCUUUAAUAGUCCCUUCAAGUGUAAUGACAACAUAAAUACAAAUUUUAACUUGCUAUUUUGGAUAGUGCCUUAUUAUACAAACUCCAUAUUACUAUGGUUUAUAUUAACUCACUUCUACUUCUGUAAAUUUAGUUGCAAUUUUUAGAGAUAACAAUAUUUUAACAAGCUUUAUUCAAGCAUAUAGUACAGGAAUUCAAAAUAUUUUUAUAAUGAAUUCACUAGAUUCUUUAUAGAUUGUAAAUGCUAAUAUUUAAUCAGGAUUUUAAUAAGUUUUAUUAAAGCUUAAUUUAUUAAAUUAUCGUUUAAUAAAUUAGAGCCUGACUUAAAAUGGGAAUUUGUUAAAUAUAAAUCUUAUAGGGAUAAGCAGUGGAAUAAGUUUUAAUUACUAAUUUGUGAUAAAUAUUUAAUAGGGAUAACAGAGUUCUCUAACUUAGUAAAACUGUUACUUUAAUAUCCCUUAAAACAACUACCAAAUAUAGUUAAGUAACCAAAUGACAGGUAUCUUACAGUCAAGCUAAAUGUUUAAUUUUGGUAUAGCACGCACAUUAAUUAAUGUUGAUGCAAAAAAUAAUUUUUAUUACGAUCAAAUUUUCUAAACUUUAAGCUCUAGUGUAGUUUACUUAAAUGGUGGUACAGAUAAGAGAGUUUUGUAAUUAACUCAAAAUUUUUUCAAUUAAAAUAAAAUCUAAUAGCUUUAAAUUUAAGGAUAUGACUUUGAUUUAUCAUAAAUGAGUGGCUAAAUUAAUUUUUCACCAUAAACUCAAAUUAUAGUCAUGAAGGAUAUAAACUUUAUCUCUAAUAUUAAAAACUGUUAGUUUUAAUUCAUUUAACUUUAAUCUGUAAUCUUAGAGAAUAUAAAUAUUUCUGGAGUAGAUAUAGAAUCAUCUCAAUUCUUUUAUUUUUAGAAUAUUUAAUAAUUAUUUAUUAAAAAUAUAAACUAUUCUAAUUCUAAAAUCUCAUUAGAUUCAUAAAUAUUUAAUUUCAACUAAAUUUUUAACUUAUUCAUUCAAGGGCUCUAUAUUUCUAAUAUUAAUAAAGUAUAAUAACUUAAUAAUGCUAGGUAAUUAUAAUAAUCAUAAAAUACUUUUAAUAGUUUGAUUUCAAUAAAUAAUUCCUAGUAAGUUAAGAUAUUAAUAUCUUAAAUUUCAAGUGUGCAAAGCUAGGCAAAUAUUAAUUAUAUUUUUAAGCUAUUAGGAGUUUAAAAUAUAUCUUUUGAUCAAGUAUAUUUCCAUGAUUCUUCAUAAUGUUAAUUCAUAAAUUGGUAACCUUUGUAUUAGUCUGGAAGUAAAUCUAUUUAUAUUGAUAAGAGUAUUUUUAGUAUUACAAACUCUUAAUGUUCAAAUAUUAAUAGUCUCACUUAAAUGAGCUUGAUUUAUUUAAAAGGUUACUAAGUUAUUGCUCAAAAUUUAACAAUUAAUUUUGUUAGUUGUCCUACUUGUUUUGGAGCAGCUGUUUAUUUUGACUCUGUUUAACAAAUUUCUAUUUUGAGUUCUAAUUUUCAAAAUAAUAUUGCCUAAAGUGGUGGAGCUUUAGCUUUUAAAAAUUGUGGAAUUAGCUAGAGUAGUGCUGCAUGUGUAUCAUCAAAUUCUAAUUUGAAUUUAUGUUUACUACUAAUAUAAUAAUCAAUAUUUUAAUUUAAUUAAGCUUUAGAAAGUGGUGGGAGUUUGUACAUAUUAAACAGUAAUAUACAAAUGAAAGGUUGCUAAAUUCAAUAAAAUAAAGCAAUAAUAGGUGGAGGCGUAAGAUACUUAAUAAUACAACCCAUUUUUGUAUAUAGAUAUUUUAUUUAUCUCAAAUCAAAAAGCCAACAAUAUAAUGACUAAAAUGUAAUCCAAUUUAAUAAAGCAGUAAUACAUAGUAAUAAUAUUGGAUCAAACUUAAAAAAAAUAGCUGCUUUUGAUAAGAAUAAAAGAUAGAUAGAAGAAAAUUUAAAUGAAAUAGUUAAUUCGACAAUCCACAUCAUAAGUUAAGUCUAUAUAAAUUCUUUUGUGAGUGGAGGAUUUCUUGAAUUUUAGUUUUAAUUAUUAGAUGAAGAAAAUAAUCCUUUAUAUUUUGAUACAGUUUUAUACAAAAGUAAUGGAUAUCCGAAGUCCAUUUAAAGUGAAAUAAUUAGCUAUUAUAUUUAAUCAUAAGUAUUUAGUAAUUAGAUCAAACUAUUCGGAUAAUAAUACUCCGAUUAUAAUUUUUAUAACUCUACUACUAAGAUGUUUUCUAUUUCAGGCUUGUAAGUGAUAGCCAACCCGAAAUCUUAAAAUUAGCUGUACAUUUAAAGUCCUGCUAUUUAAAGGCCUGCCCUAAGUUCUCCAGAAUAUCGAUAAAUAGAUUAAGGGCCCUUUUAUUUGCAGCUUUUACUUAAAUUCAGGGACUGUAUACCAGGAGAAGUUUUUAGAAAAAGUGGUUCCUUAUAUUACUGUUAAGUUUGUACAGAAGGAACAUAUUCUCUUAUUUAGCCUACGCAAGAAUAAUAUAGUACAUAAAAUUGUAUGAAAUGUCCUAGUCAAGCUAGCUAUUGCUAUGGAAGAUAAAUGACUAUAAAUGAUGGAUAUUGGAAAGUUUCGAAUUCAAGUAGCAACAUAAUAUAUUGUACUAACAUGCCAUCAAAUUGUAAUGGAAAUAGCGAUAAAGGAUAUUGUAAAGAGGGUCAUAUAGGCCCUUUAUGUGAAGUGUGUGACAUAAAAGGAACAAUUUGGGGUGAAAAGUACGCAACAGAUGGUAGCUUUAAUUGUUUAAGUUGUAGUGAAGUUUAAAGUGCAAAAUAUAUUAUACCAAGUUUGAUUCUAAUAUUUGGAAUGAUAGUUUACAUAGGAUUCAGCUUGAAGAUUGCUUUAGAUAUUAGCAGGCUUAUUGUUUUAGGAUAUUAUUUAAGAAUGAUGUAAAUAUGUCCAGUUAGCAAAUCAUCUUUUUCAGAUACAACAAAUAUGAAUAUUAAAUCUUUAAUUAACUACAUCUAAAUUUCUUAAAUUGUGAAUACAGCUAAAGUUUAACUUCCUUCUUUUAUUACUUUUCUUCCUAAUUUUGUAGGUUCGCCUAUUUAAAAUAUGAUGUAUACACUUGACUGUUGGUUUGCUAGAUCAGUACAAGGAGGUGUUCCAAUAAUAUUUCAAAGAACUAUAUGGUCAUUAUCUAUUCCGGUUAUUUAUCUUACGGGAGUAUAUUUGAUCUAUAUUUCAUUAGUCUUACUAAAAUAUGUCAAAUUAUAGACUUCUUAUUUACAAAGUGGUUUGGUAUUUCUAUUUUUAUACUUGUAGCCAAACAUGAUUUCUAAUCUUUUGUCAGUAAUGUCAUGCAGAAAAAUAGAUUAAAAAUUAUAUAUUCAAGCUGAUGUAUCAUAUGAAUGCUACACAGGAGAACAUAUUAAAUAUAUUUUCUUAAUAUGCUUUCCAGGCUUUUUAUUAUGGGCAUUUAUGAUUCCCGUUUACAUUUUGAAGAAGAUGAUAAAAUAUUAAGAUUAAUUGGACCACUCACAUGUAAGAAUGAGAUUUGGAUUCUUAUACCAAGAUUAUAAAAGAAAACAUUAUUAUUGGGAAUUUGUUAGAAGUUAUAUGAAAGUCUUAAUUGUUUGUAUCUACAGCUUUUAUGGAGAUCCAUAUACAAAUAAGCUCAUUUUUGCACUAAUUAUCUGCAUUCUGUAUUUAGUACUUUUGAAAAAGUUGAGGCCAUUUUAAAUGCACUAUUUUUAAGAUUUAGAUACUGCUUCUAUGCUUACUAUAAUAGUAUUGAUAAUCAUGAAUAUAUUCCUUUAUAACGAUCCUCCUUACGUUUAACAAGUCAUAUUUUACAUAAUUUUAUUAGGAAUUCACAAUAUUUAUUAGCUCUAUUUGAUUAAAGAAGUAAUAAAAACUAAAAUAGAAAUUUCUUAUAAAAGUUACAUAGAAUUUGUUAAAAAAAAAUUGAUACUUUAUUUCCCCUAAUUAAGCAAAUAUAUAACUUUAAACAAAGAAUCAUCAUUUAAAAAAUUCUUACAUUGGAAAAUGAUUAAAUUUCACAUCGUUUAGCUUAAGGAAAAAAAGAUAUCAGGCUAAGUAAGAGAAUAAAUUUUUGGUAUUACAUCAAGUUCAUAAUAGAAAUUAUCUAAAUCUAAUUAAAUUUAAUAAGAGAAAGCGAAGCUAAACAACUUAAAUACAAGUAUCUAGCAACCAUAAAAUAAAUCAAUUUCUUAGAUAUUGUUGAAUGUACCUAACCAAAUUAGCAUCAUUAAUUAAGAUUAGGCUGCAAAAUCCUUUUAAAAUAGGCUUUAGUCUUCACAGAUAUAAUUUCAAGAUUAACAUGAGAGUUUUAUGCCUCAUGAUAAUAGUAAACUGAUAGGCUUGAAUAAAAUUUCAGUAUCUCAACUUGAAACAUCAAAAAAGAGUUUAAUAAUAGUUAAAAAUCUUCAUAAAGUAGAAGGUGUUGGUGAAAUAGAAUAUAAUUUAGGAGUAUUAUAGUGUUAGGACUCUAUAAAAGAAGACAACAAUAUACAAGAAGAUACUCCUAAUAAUAAUUAUUAAUACCUCCAAAUUAAUUCAUUAAAAAAUAGAUAAGAAAAUGAAAAAGAGCAAACAGAAGAUAUAGUUGAAAUAAAUGAUAUUUAGGUUUAAAUAGAUCAACAAUAAAUAUUUUCUUUAGAAAACUUAAAUUAAUACACAAAAAAAUAGUCAGACUCAACCUAGUCUUCAAAUCACUAAUAGUUUAAUUUUAAUAGUAAUUGCUAAGCUUUAGAAAAUGGCUAAAACGUAGAAUUAAACGAAAAUACAUAGCCAUCAUCAGGAGAUUUUUAAGAAAACAAAAAGAAUUUAGAUAAUAUUUAAAUUUUGUAAAAUGCAUAUUAUGAUGCUAACUAAAAUGAUAAGCAGUAAGAAUUAAUGGAAAUAUCAGGUUAUGACAAAUUAGGUCUUUCUCCAAUGCAAUUUUACAGCAACUAAGCACUUAUAAUAGAACAAAACUAAAUAUUAGAAUAAUCUAAUGAAAGCUUUUAAAAUCAAACCCAAUAAAGAGAUAAGUAAAAAUCGGAGUGUUCCAUCAUUUAAGAACAAAACUUAAUAAGAAACAAGUCAAUUAGUUAAUCUAAAUUUGUAAAAAACAAUAACAUUAGUGAAAAAUCAAAAGGAUAAAAUAUUUUGGAUAGAGGUAACACAUUAUAAAGUAAUUUUUUUUCUCAAAAGCUGUAAGAUGUAAAUUAAGCUACAGAAAUAUAAGAGCAUAAAACUAUCGGUUCUGAAUUUAUUAUUUAAUCACCAAUUAAUACUUUGAAAUACUUCGAUAAUAACAUAUCACAGUUAGAUUUAAACAGCAUGAAAAACCAAGACCAAUCUCCAAAUAUUUCUUAAAAAAAUUAAUUAAAAUUAAUUAAAAAAGAUCAAUAAUAAGAAUUAGAAACUGUAAAGCCAAUAGACUAAAUAGAUUAAAAAAUAGAAAACAAUUUACAAGAAUCAAAAAUUGUCUCUCCAAUUAAUUUUGAAUUGAAAUAAAUAAGCUAAAAUAAUUAAUAGGAAUUUUAGGUCAUUACAUUCUAGCAACUAGAUGAGAUUUAGACAGAUUAAAAUGAUUAAGACAAGAAAAGUUAAGAUGAAGCUCAAUAUGAAAUAUUAUCUUGCGAUGUUUUAAGUAAUGUGGAGCUUUAAAUACUCUAACCUGAAGAAAAUAAUUAACCUAAGCUAAAAUGA